CUAAGCCGUUGGUUCUAGCUGCAUUUGUAGUUGUAAACUCCUAUCUGCAUUGAGCCUGCGGCGUGGAAGGUCAUGGCCCAUCCUCCUUAACCACAAGGAGCCCCUGCAGUGGGGGACGUAAAAGGGCUAAAAAUAAUGAUGUUAUGGCAGCAGCUCGCCAGAUUAUUUGUAAAACGUGAAACAAAAUCUGAUAUUCCAUUCUUCAGUGGUAGCGGGCCGUUUUCCUGUGACGCGUGAGCUAGCGGCCGAGCUGGGAGCUCUGAUGGCGCAACUAGACAUGGGAGACUACGCUUCAACCAACUCGCAGCACAACCAACCGUUGGCGCAUCGAUUCUAUCCUUAUCGAUACCGGGCGGGACUCAGUAACGAAGAACUAAGAGACGUGGAAGAAAAGUUGCGAUCCAAAUGGAUAGCAUUAAAAGGUCGCAGUACUGCGGAUUGUGUAAGAAUAUACCUCAACUGCACUAGGAAAUGGCCUUUCUUCGGUGCAACCUUAUUCCAAGCUAGGAUAAAACAGCCAGAUUUGUCUAUGGUAUGGCUAGCGGUAUCAGAAGAGGGUGUAACUGUUUUAGAACUGGCCUCUAUGGCAGUCAUAGGACGAUACGCGCUCAACUCCAUAGGAUUAUUUGGUGGAUUACAGGAUGACUUAAUGAUGCUAAUAGAUGCAGACGACGCAGCCAGUCCGGUACACAAGAUGUUGAUAAGUCUCAACAAGCCUAAAAUGGCAGAGCUUACUCAUCUAAUAGCUGACUACAAGAACGCGUUACAACGUUCCGGUGGCGGUGGUACACCACAAAUGAAUUCAUUAACCAGACACGGUUCACAUCGAUCGAUACGCAAACCCAUCCCGCACUCCAGUCCCAACACGUUACCGCACGCACACACGCACGCGCACGCACACACGCACACGCAUAACACACUGAACUCACACGCCACCACCAUGACACUAGGCUCCGAUCGAAAUGCGACCUUAACACUAAGCUCUCACACCUCCACUUUCAAUCAGCACGUGGAAGCGAGAGUCCUAUCCCACGGCCAACCCGAUAUCCUCAAGUCUACUCCUGACCAUCACAGAAGCGAGAAGAAGCGAAGUCACACUCAAGACAGCGGCGUCGCGUGA